CGGGGGGCCACGUUCAAUGGGAAUAACGAAGAAACCAUUUAAAUACAUGGAGUGUGAAAAGAGAGAGGAGAAGCAGAUUGAAAGUAUGGACUGUGAGAAGAGCUUCAGUGACAGUGGAACACUUAAAAAACAUCAACGGACUCACACUGGGGAAAAACCCUUUAAAUGCAUGGAGUGUGGAAGGAGCUUCAGUAGAAGUGACAGCCUUAAUUUACAUAAUCAAACUCACACGGGGGAGAAACCAUUUGAAUGCAUGGAAUGUGGAAAGAGCUUCACUUCAAAUGGAACACUUAGAAUUCAUCAACAAACUCACACAGGGGAGAAACCAUUUAAAUGCAUGGAGUGUGGAAAGAGCUUCACUUUGAAUGUAACACUUAGAAUUCAUCAACGGACUCACACAGGGGAGAAACCAUUUAAAUGUAUGGAGUGUGGAAAGAGCUUCAGUCAGAGUGGACACCUUAGAAAUCAUCAACGGACUCACAUGGGGGAGAAACCAUUUAAAUGUAUGGAGUGUGGAAAGAGCUUCAGUCAGAGUGGACAACUUAGAAUUCAUCAACGGAGUCACACUGGGGAAAAACCAUUUGAAUGCAUGGAAUGUGGAAAGAGCUUCACUUCAAAUGGAACACUUAGAAUUCAUCAACAGACUCACACAGGGGAGAAACCAUUUAAAUGCAUGGAGUGUGGAAAGAGCUUCACUUUGAAUGUAACACUUAGAAUUCAUCAACGGACACACACAGGGGAGAAACCAUUUAAAUGUAUGGAGUGUGGAAAGAGCUUCAGUCAGAGUGGACACCUUAGAAAUCAUCAACGGACUCACACGGGGGAGAAACCAUUUAAAUGCAUGGAGUGUGGAAAGAGCUUCCAUGACAGUGGAACACUUAGAAAACAUCAAUGGACUCACACUGGGGAAAAACCAUUUAAAUGCAUGGAGUGUGGAAAGAGCUUCAGUCAGAGGGGAAAGCUUAGAGUUCAUCAACGGACUCACACGGGGGAGAAACCAUUUAAAUGUAUGGAGUGUGGAAAGAGCUUCAAUGACAGUGGAACACUUGGAAAACAUCAACGGACUCACACUGGGGAAAAACCAUUUAAAUGCAUGGAGUGUGGAAAGAGCUUCAGUGAGAGUGGCAGCCUUAAUUUACAUAAUCAAACUCACACAGGGGAAAAACCAUUUGAAUGUAUGGAAUGUGGAAAGAGCUUCACUUCGAAUGGAACACUUAGAAUUCAUCAACGGACUCAUACGGGGGAGAAACCAUUUAAAUGUAUGGACUGUGAGAAGAGCUUCAGUGACAGUGGAACACUUAGAAAACAUCAACGGACUCACACUGGGGAAAAACCCUUUAAAUGCAUGGAGUGUGGAAGGAGCUUCAGUAGAAGUGACAGCCUUAAUUUACAUAAUCAAACUCACACGGGGGAGAAACCAUUUAAAUGUAUGGAGUGUGGAAAGAGCUUCAGUCGGAGUGGACACCUUAGAAAACAUCAACGGACUCACACUGGGGAAAAACCAUCUAAAUGCAUGGAGUGUGGAAAGAGCUUCAGUCAGAGUGGACACCUUAGAAAACAUCAACGGACUCACACUGGGGAAAAACCAUUUAAAUGCAUGGAGUGUGGAAAGAGCUUCAGUGAGAGUGGCAGCCUUAAUUUACAUAAUCAAACUCAUACAGGAGAAAAACCAUUUAAAUGUAUGGAGUGUGGAAAGAGCUUCAGCUUCACUUCGAAUGUAACACUUAGAAUUCAUCAACGGACUCACACAGGGGAGAAACCAUUUAAAUGUAUGGAGUGUGGAAAGAGCUUCAGUCAGAGUGGACACCUUAGAAAUCAUCAAUGGACUCACACGGGGGAGAAACCAUUUAAAUGUAUGGAGUGUGGAAAGAGCUUCAGUCAGAGUGGACACCUUAGAAAACAUCAACGGACUCACACUGGGGAAAAACCAUCUAAAUGCAUGUGGAAAGAGCUUCACUGAGAGUGGACUUCUUACAAAACAUCAACGGAC